AUGGGUAUCUCUAUUGAUGCACUUCAUCGCGUCGAUCCACAGGAGAGUACUGGUACUAUGACGUUUCUUUGGCUGUGCGCUUUGAUUAUUACUUUACAUCCUGAUGGCCUAUUUGAUUCCAAGUCUGCUGGUGAUAAUUGCGUGAUUCAGAGGGACCAUUGCAGAGAGCUGCUUGUCUUUUGGUGCUUUGAAGUUUACAAGAUCACAGCUAUGAUUGCUAAGUAUUGUUGA